AUGUGGCUCUUUCGGGGCGCCCAGUCCGCUGUCUUCUACUAUGCCUCUUGCACCCCCUGCGCGGAAAAUACCGAUCGUCGGAAGCGUAAGAAGGAUGCUGUCAGAGUCCAACGGAAGAAGGAGAAGGAGCGAUGUGAUACAGAAAUCAUCACCGACCAACCUCGUCCGUUCCCUCAACCAACCCCUUUCAGCACCAAUGUAGGAUGGCGAGAGGAAAUCGCUCUGGGCCCUGGCCCUCCACCCCGUCGAGGUGGUCAUCGCAAUGCGCAACGGACAGACAGUUGGAAAACCGACCAGAGCUCUCAACUAAAGAAGGACAAGAGUGCCGGCCUAAUGCAUCCCAUUGGCGAAAAGUGGAAGGAAAUGCGGUACCAGCGCGAGGAUGAGCCUCUUUGGGGUCAACAGGAAGUGCGUGGAUCGUCAAUUGGAUUCUCUGGACGUGGUCGUGCAGACCCAAAUGAAACCUCCAAGUACUAUACCCCUCGCGUGCCUCCUGUCAACGAUCUCCACCCGCCCAUUGUCAGCGGACCAACCACUCGUGCCGCCACCAGAUGGAUGCUUCAGCCGCCACCCAGUGCCCGUGUGAUGGCUGGGAAAGCAGACGUGACUUCCCCGACUGUCGCUUCACCGACUGUCAGCUCCCCAGCUCGGGAUGGUCUCUAUGGACUUGGUAACCAGUACCGAUCCCGGAACACGAAGAACAUGACCAGAGAAAUCGAGCCCGAAAAGAUCAUCAGUGAGACUGGUGAUGGCGCUUCCGAUGAAACCACUCAGAACCAUCGCGCGCGCCGGCCAUCUCUGACUCGUCUCCGUGUCGACGCCGAGGGUCUCGACCCAGCAUCGCACUCCCGCUCUGACUCUAUGUUCUCCACCACCAACUCCGACUCCCCAAGUCUUUCCUGGAAGUGCCCUGAUACUCCUACCUCUCGGCCGCAAUCCAAAGCGACCAAUGAUAGUGGCAAGUUCUACCGCGCAAAUAUCUCGAAGACUCUCUCCACAAUGCACCGCGACAAUAAGGACAUCCACCUACUCCAUCUAGAGAUCAACGACGAUAACCGCGAUGAGAUUGGUCUGGGUCAACUGCAGCCCAUCCGCCCAUGGCGUUGGAGCAUGGACAUCUAA